UGUUUGACACUUUCGAUAUCCUGGAGAAAAGGAACUUGACACACAUGUCAACAAAAAAUAUACAUUAAUACUAGCUAGCACAGGUAAGUUUACGUAUUGCGUUUUUAGUCGGUUGGACAAUAUGAAAAGCGCCAAAGUCAACUUUUUGUUUUGUAUAGCAAGAGGACAAAUGCAUGUUAAAGCUAUUUGAAAUAAAUAUUGUCUCGUUUGCUAACAUCUUGCUGUCUGUAGCCAGCAACGUUAGCCAUCUAGCUAAAUAAACCGUUAUUACGUUAACUGUGGCGUGUGAAGUUGUGGUGCAACGUUGCAGAUACAAUGCAUAGAGCUGUCCGUUUACACUGAUGUAAGUGUCCGUGCCUUCCAGAAAUGUACUGUAUACAGUUAAUUUGCCUGGCUAUUUUAGUGCAUGUGAAUUGCUAUGUUAUUGAAGGGUGGAGCCUUUUUUAUAUUUUUUACAAAGGCUUCAAAAACACCGAAAUACGUCCUUUUAGAAAUGGCAAAGCCCUCGGUAUAGUGAUCCGGGGCUUUAGAUGUUGUGCACAUGAAAUUAUGUCCUUCCGAACUUUAUCUGCAACGUUAUAUUCCCUUUUGUGCGACUCGAGCCGUUUCCCCUGUCACUAUACGGAGAGCGUAGCCAUUUCUAAAAAGACGUAACGUUAGUGUUUGAGCCGUGGUUAUUAUUAUCAUUUUUAAAAUAGAUUUGGUUGUAAAAACCAGAACGUGUCAUUCAACUUCAGUUGCACCUUCUGCAGUAGCUGCACCUUGAUUGCUAUUAUUCAUCUCAUCAUCAUGACUUACAGUUCACUAGAGCCUCAGCUUGUAGACUAUGCCAUAGACCAAUGGUCACUAGUAAAAAAAGAAAAACAAGUGAUGGGUCUCUUCUACCCCUACCCAAGUUUGCAUGUGGAAAGGAGGAGGCUGAUCCGUACUCUGAUAGUGGAGUCUACUGGCCCUUUGCUAUUUUCCCCAUGUGCGAAGUUGUUGCGCCCUACCUUCAGCACCAUGGGGACGAGGCACACCAAAGACGAGGCACAGACAGCAACUGGGGCCUCCCCCCUGAGGAAUGAACUUGGCAGUGUCAAAGAGGCUGCCUCAAAGCCAGAGGGCUGCAAGGCUUAGACUGACAAAGGUCUCAGCCUGGAAGAGGUUUAACAGCUACCUGAGUAAGGUCCUCUGCUGUCCACAUGACCACCCCUCCCAUGUUGGCGUUCGCUGGGCAGCAGGCUCAGGCUGCCCGUGAUGUCAACACGGCGUCGCUCUGUCGCAUCAGCCAGGAGACGGUGCAGGAUAUUGUCUUACGCACCAUGGAGAUCUUCCAGCUGUUGAGGAACAUGCAGCUGCCAAAUGGAGUGACGUACCACCCCAGCACCCACCAGGACAGGCUGGGCAAACUGCAGGAGCACCUGCGUAUGCUCUCUGUACUCUUCCGCAAGCUGCGCCUCGUCUAUGACAAAUGCAAUGAAAACUGCACCGGUCUGGACCCCGUAACCCCAGAGCAACUCAUCCCGUAUGUGGAGGAGGACGGCAGCUCCAGACACAAUGAACGCUCGGCCAGCCAGGCCCGCCCGGCAACAGAAGAGAGGGGGGAGAUCCUGGAGGUUACCAAGAAGCUCAAACAGAAGAACCAACAGCUGAAGCAGAUAAUGGACCAGCUCCGAAACCUCAUCUGGGAGAUAAACUCCAUGCUGGCUGUUAGGAAUUGAAUGCCAAACACGGCGACACAGAGGGCGUGCAUACACACACACACACACCACCGACUGGAAGAUAUGGCUAUUAACUGGAUAAGUGACAGGGUCCCUCUAAGGUGGCACUUAAGAAAUACAGGCUUUCACAAUAUACUACUCUUUCCCACAAGACGAGUUGGGAGAGAAGAAAAGGGGGAAGAAAGCAAAGAAGAAUGAAGAUAAGUCAUGCAAUGGGGAAAUGCUGAUAUACAUUACCCGGCCAAUUUAUUAGGCACACCCAUUUAGUACUGGGAUCAGACUGGUCAUCUGCUGCAAUAGCCCCAUCCAUGACAAGGACCAAUGAGUUGUGUGUCCUGAGAUGUCGUUCUGCGCCAUUAUUUGUUUGUAGCCCACUUGUUAACUUGCAUGAGUCUUGCCAUUAUCCUUCGACCUCUCUCAUCAACGAGCUGUUUUCGCCCACAGGACUGCCGCUGACUGGAUGUUUUUUUAUUUGUCGCACCGUUCUCGGUAAACCCUAGACACGGUCAUUUGUGAAAAUCCCAGGAGCGCGGCCGUUUCUAAGAUACUGGAUCCGGCGUGCUUGGCACCGACGAUCAUACCAUGCUCAAAGUUGAUUAGGUCACUCCUUUUGCCCAUUCUAACAUUCAAUCGCACAAUAAUCGAAUGCCUCGAUGCCCCUCUGCAUGCUUUAUACAGCAAGCCACGUGACUCACUCUCUUUUGGAGCGAUCCAUGUGUGUGAACGGGAUGUUGUACCUAAUACACUGGCCGGUGAGUGUAGUUAUCGCCUACAAUAUGGUUGAGGACUUUCAGAGUUGUGGUUUGAAAGACUAUAGUCAUGGCUUUCAGUAGAAUUCAAAUCAACUGUUGAUUUAUUGUAGGCACUAGGUAUAAAUGCAGGACAAUAUGUAGUCAAUCGUACAACAUUUUAUAUAUUUAAUCUCUAUCCCAAAAUAUGACAAAUACUCAGAUUACCCAUUUAAAGGGGUUUUGAUGUUCUAUUUCCCUCGAUAUGUUUUUAUACAUUCCUUAACCAUUUUAGCUAAAAGGACAUACAGGGCAACAUUUGUGAAGGAGAGCACAGACAUGUAAAAAAAUACUAGGGCACAUUGUUGAAAAUAAGUUUCAAAUUAAAUCACUGCCAGAUUGAGGUUUGCAUUAUUUUUACUGGACUUUUUAUGAUCAUCACAAUGUCUCGUUAACUUUUGUAAUUCUAUGGCGCUAUAAAUCCUGCAGUGAUUUAGGCCACUGUUUCUUUCCGUUCUAUUUUUAGAUCUGUCUGCUCACGAGGACCGUCAGAUCAGGUCUCUUUGUGGUCUUUUUGGAUUGUCCCCAGGCUUUAAAAGUAAAACAAAAAAAAUCCAGCCAGAAACAGUGCCGGCCCAGCCAAUAAGCGACAUAAACAACUUAGUAGGGUCCCGUGGCCACUGGGGCCCCCUGACCCUUUGAUUGAAUCCUGGUGUUAUUAUACUGAUGAUUUGUCGGAACAGAGGGUUUCUUUACGUACAGUGCAUUCGGAAAGUAUUGAGACCCCUUCACUUGUUCCACAUUUUGUUACAACCUUAUUCUAAAAUGGAUUAAAAAUGUUUUUCCCUUCAUCAAUCUACACACAAUACCCCAUAAUGACAAAGAAAAAACAGAUU